AUGAAAUCGGGCCCGGCGAAGGGUCUGCGAAGGAUCGGGAAGAACAGGUUCGUGGACUGCCAGGGCACCGUCUACCAGUACAAUGUCCCCUACGAGGAGAACGAGGAGGAAGACCCCGAGGAGGACGAGAUCUUGGAGGUUGAGGCCGAGCCAGACUCAGAGAUAGCAGCCAAGCCCACAGCCAGCAAGACGAAGCCGAAGGGCAAAGCAAAGGCCGUUCCGAAGACAAAGAGCAAGCCACGCCAGGAUGACUUGGAGACCGCUCGGAUGAUCAAGCCGCCGUCACAUAUUUCAUCCAACAACAUAUACAGCAAUGUGUACAGGCUGGCGAUGUCUCGUGAUGGACUCUCGUUGGACAAGGCAAAAGAUCGGGCACGAGGAGCAGCUAAUGAUUUCAGGUUGCUGGGCAAGGUUCGCCAGGACUGGAUUGGAUCUUUUCGCAAGCCGCGAAGCCCUAGGUAG